CUCGCCCGCGUCUUCCCCAGUUCUCACCAACUCCCACUUUGCUCGGCCCCAUCGCCCCCAUGGCCAAAACUCCUCUCCUUUAACUUGAUAAAAAAUCCACAGAUCCCGCCCAUCUACGUAAAACCUUAACUCAUCGAUAUCAGGAUUUCUUUCGUUAUCGUUAUCGCUAUCCUCCUCCGUCCUGAUCAAGAAAAAGAUGUUGAUGCUAGUUGACUGUUCCAACUGCCGCACACCGCUACAGCUUCCACAAGGUGCUAAGUCCAUCAGAUGCGUCAUCUGCCAUGCCGUCACCCUCAUCGCCGACCCAAGAGGGGUCCCGCCACCACCACCACCACAACCACCGGCUCCAUACUAUCAUCCACCGCCGCCGCCUUCGCCUUACAACCAUGCUCCCCAAGGUCAACCCCCUAGAGUCCACGGUCGCAAGAAAGCCGUGAUUUGCGGGAUAUCCUACAGGAACACCAGACAGGAACUCAGAGGCUGCAUCAAUGACGCUAAGUGCAUGAAGUUCUUGCUCAUCAAUCGCUUCAAGUUUCCUUCCGAUUCUAUUCUCAUGCUCACCGAAGAAGAAACAGAUCCUUACCGUAUUCCAACAAAACACAACAUCAGAAUGGCCAUGUAUUGGCUUGUGCAAGGUUGUCAGCCAGGUGAUUCCUUGGUAUUCCAUUAUUCAGGUCAUGGUUCACAGCAAAGGAACUACAACGGUGAUGAGGUUGAUGGUUAUGAUGAAACACUUUGUCCUUUGGAUUUUGAAACACAAGGGAUGAUAGUUGAUGAUGAAAUUAACGCUACCAUUGUUAGGCCACUUCCUCGUGGAGCUAAGCUUCAUGCUAUCAUAGAUGCAUGUCACAGUGGCACAGUGCUGGAUUUACCAUUCCUUUGUAGGAUGGACAGAACUGGGAGGUAUACAUGGGAGGACCAUCGCCCUCGAUCAGGUGCAUGGAAAGGAACAAGUGGUGGAGAAGUCAUAUCGUUUAGUGGUUGUGACGACGAUCAAACUGCUGCUGAUACAGAUGCUCUAUCUAAAGUGACUUCAACGGGGGCCAUGACUUAUUCAUUUAUCCAAGCAAUUGAGCGUGGACAGGGAACCACAUACGGGAGCAUCUUAAAUUCAAUGAGAUCAACCGUCACCAGUAACGAGGAUGGUCUAGGAGGUGGCAUUGUGACAUCACUCCUCACAAUGCUUUUGACGGGUGGCAGUCUAAGUGGUACGAGACAGGAACCCCAGUUGACAGCUAAUGAACCUUUUGAUGCGUACACAAAGCCGUUUUCACUGUAGCAAAUAAAUGAUGAUUCUCAGCCGUGUGAUCUACUUGGUACUGCAGAUUGUUGUACAGUUCUUUGCCUUUGAUGGAAUUUGAAGUUCAUUUCUUUGAUGCAAGCUAUUCGUAAAUUAUCUUAUGGCCCCUGUAAAAGGUUGUUCAUCUGAUCAAACGAUGUAUAACCGGAGUUUUUGAAAUUUCUUUAACGCAGUAAUCCUCCUGAAUUUAACAUGUAGCUCUCUCUCUUUUUGAUUAAACAAUUAAACCUGUGCAAUUGUUGCCAA